AUGAUUUCUGUGAAAUCCAAGUCAUUUUCAGAUAAGAGCCCCUCUGUUGCAAUUAAAAGCAGACAACAGGCUACUCAUGAUAUUAAUAAACGACGGACCCUUUUGCAAGACAACAGCUGGAUAAAGAAGCGGCCUGAAGAGGAAAGUGCUGAUGAAAACUAUGGAAGAGCUGUGCUUAAUCAAUACAAAUCCCAAGAUGGCCUACACAGCAGUAGCACAAAUGAAAAGGAAGAUCAGAAAGCUGUACUUGGACGAUACAGAUCUGAUACUACCUUGGACAGAAUUCCAGACAGAAAUGAUACUGAUAAAAUAAAUAAGUCUCCAACUCUGAAUAAUAAGCAAAGCAACAGGCAAUCUUGGAUCCCUCCCCCGGUUUCAAGCAGUAAGACCACGACAGAAACAGUGGAAGCUAAAUGGACCACUUCAGAAAAUUCAGAGGCUCCAACGACUGCUGACUUUUCAUCAGAACAGGUGUCCCCUCAGAAACUAAAGACUGAUGUGGACAAUCAAGCUACAGCAAGGAACCAAGAUCUCAAUAAGCCCAUCAAAGUGAAUCCAAGUUCUUUCACAAGUGACAAGGAGAUAACUGAGCAAGCAUAUGAAAAUCCUCCAAGGGCUCCAAGUAAUCUCCCAGAAACAAACUACUCCAGGGACAGUAGAGGAAAGACCAGCAAAUCAUCAUAUGGUGCCUAUGAAGAAAAUAUAACUGGAAAUACUAUCAAAACUGUUUACUCUACUUCUGAUCGGAGUAUAAUUGGAAAAGAUAUAUGUACAUACUGCAGGAAGCCCUUGGGCAUAGAUGCCAAAAUGAUCUUAGAUGCCUUGCAAAUUUGCUGUCAUUCGACUUGCUUCAAGUGUGAAGUAUGUAAAAGAUCGCUGGAAGAUCUGAAAGCAGGAGACAGCAUUUGGAUUUACAGAAAAACCGUGCAUUGUGAGCCUUGCUAUUCCAAAAUUAAAGCAAGAGAAUUAGUGCCCGUGCCUCCUUACCUAAGCAACCCGAGACAGCGACGAAGCACGGUGCAGGCCGUGGGGGCGGUCAUUGCUGCCACGCUGCCUAAAGCCGACGCGCAAGAACUGGGUAGCGAUGGACUGAUGGCCGUCUGA